AUGGAAAGUAUGCGAGGAGGCGAGCUUUUUAAUCGCAUUCAGGAACGCGGACAACAGGCGUUUACCGAAAGGGAAGCUGCAGGAAUUAUGUACGAGAUAUGUUCUGCCGUUGCUCAUCUUCACAGAAUGAAUAUUGCUCAUCGUGAUAUUAAACCAGAGAAUUUACUAUAUGUAGAUAAUUCACCUAACGCACGGUUAAAACUUACCGACUUUGGAUUCGCGAAAAGGACUGACGAUUCGGAACCACUUGGCCUUGCCACUGCAUGCUAUACACCAUAUUACUGUGCUCCUGAAGUCUUGGGCGCUGAAAAAUAUGACAAGUCGUGCGAUCUCUGGUCUGUAGGCGUCGUUAUGUACAUAUUAUUAUGUGGAUAUCCCCCGUUCUUUUCUCAAAAUGGACUUCCAAUGUCACCAGGAAUGAAGGCGAAGAUCAAGUCGGGUCAGUACACUUUCCCGUCACCCGAAUGGGAUUGCGUCUCCGAAGCUGCUAAAGAUCUCAUCAAGAAAUUGUUGAAGACGGAUGCAGCAGAGCGAAUAACCAUAGAACAGACGAUGCAGCACAAAUGGAUUACUCACUUCCGAAAGGUAGAAGAAAGUGGGAAAUUCGUCCAAAAAGGUGGCAAAUGA